CCUUGCCGGGCCGCGCGCCUGCGCGGUGGGUCGGAGUGGCGGCUCGCGGCUGGCCGCGCGUGCGUGCAGCUGCGGGGACUCGUGGGACUAGCAACCGCCGCCAUGAAGAACGUGCCGAGCGAGGACGAGGACCGCCGGCUGGAGUCGCCGCGCAUGCGCCGCCAGCGCUGGUUCUCCAUCUACGUCAUCUACUUCACGGUGUUCCUCAUGACGCUGGGCUUCAGCAUCAUCCUGACCGGCGUGUGGCCCUACCUCGACAAGCUGGACCCGCGCGCGGGCAAGGAGUUCAUGGGCCUGGUGGUGGGCGCCAACCCGCUGGGGCAGAUGCUGUUCUCGCCGCUGCUGGGCUGGUGGAGCAACAGGCUGGGCUCCAUCCGCGCGCCGCUGCUGGUGUCCCUGGCGCUGUUCACCGCCGCCAGCGCCGCCUACUCGCUGCUGGAGGCCCUCACGGCGCACCGCAAGCUGUGGAUGCUGGCGGCGCGCUUCCUCGUGGGCGUCAGUUCGGCGAACAUCGCGGUGUGCCGCUCCUACCUGUCGGCGGCCACGACCCUGGAGGAGCGCACCGGGGCGGUGUCCAUGGUGUCGCUGGCCCAGGUGCUCGGCUUCGUCGUCGGCCCAGGCCUGCAGGCGCUGGUGACGCCGCUGGGGGACGAAGGGGUGCGCAUGCCCGCGGGGCUGCCCGCGCUCAACAUGUACACCGCCGCGGGCUGGAUCAACGUGGCGCUGGGAGCCGUCAACACGCUGCUGUUCCUGCCCGCCGUCUUCACGGAGCACCGCGUCGCCGCGAAGGAGGCCAUGCUGCAGCAGGGCGCCAGCUCCGAGGAGGAGACUUGGAGCGGAGUGAAGCCGGACUACCUCUCCACGUGGACCCUCAUAUCCGCCUUCUUCGUCAUCGGCUUCAACUUCGUGCUGCUGGAGACGCUGGGCACAUCGCUCACCAUGGACCAGUUCGCGUGGAGCAAGGGCGAAGCGCUCUACUACAUGGGGCUGGUGAUGUCGGCGGGCGCGGUCCUCGCCUGCGCCACCUUCCUCGCCAUCGGCCCCCUCUGCCGCAGGUUCGACGAGCGCAAAGUGCUGCUGUGGGGCGGCUUCUUCGUGAUGGUGGUGGGGCGCGUGCUGUGCAUCCCCUGGGGCUCCGAGCCGGCGCGCAUCGCCUGGCCAGUGAACGCGACGGGGGCGGGCGACGGCAGCGAGGGGAACCGGACGGAGCCCCUGGGGUGCCCCCCGUCGCAGGAGUGGUGCCUCUACACGCCGGCCAUGACGCUCACGCAGUUCCUCCUGGGCUACGCUUUCACCUCGGUCGCCUACCCCAUCGGCAUCACCCUCAUCCAGACCAUCUUCUCCAAGAUCCUGGGCCCCCGGCCGCAGGGCGUGUGGAUGGGGCUGAUGACGGGCGCGGGCUGCCUGUCGCGCGUGCUGGGCCCCGUGUUCGUGUCCUACAUCUACACGGAGCUGGGCACCAUCUGGACCUUCUCGCUCACCGUCGCCAUGAUGGGCGCUUGCAUGGUGUGGCUGGCGGCGGUGGACCGACGCAUGAAGCGCGCAAUGCCCGCCCGCGUCGGCUUCCCCCUGCGCGGCGACGCGGCGCGCGUCACGUGACGGCGUCCGAACAUCAGCUUACGCUGCCACGCGACUUUCCAUGCAUACCUGCAAAGACAAAGUCGAGAUGUUCAACACGUGAUGUCGCAAUCAUCGCACGGUACCCGCAGUCUGUGAUAUCAUGUACAUAUGUACCUGCCCAAUGGGUAGGAAGUUAUUGUUACCUAUACCUGAACCAUUCGUUGUGCUUGCAAGUCGAAGGUGGAAUUUUUUCCACAAUUGUCGCCGUCAUCGAAUGAGAGAUACAGCCGUGUUAUGACGACUUAGUAUGAGCGACUGUGGGUGUGAGGAUGACGAAAACACCUACAAUGCGUGACUGCAUGUUUAUCGUACUCGAGGAUGCUUUCGAGUGAAGCAUCCUUUCAUUAAAGAGAAGCCAAAGAUCAGAAUUUAGGUAUGUGUAUGCGAGGAUUAAAUCAUCACUAGCUUAUUGGCAUAGGAUUGAUUUUUUUUAAGUUUAAGAAAAAGGGGAAAGUAAGAAAAAGCACAUUUUUAUCAAAUGUCAUAUAUUUUUCAAUGUGAACUGCAUUUCAUUCUUUUAUAUUUUAGGGCCUCAUAUUUAAGGUAAAUAUUUAAACUUAACGUUAUAUGUAAAUCAAAUUAAUAUUCGUUAGAUACAAAAAUAUUCAUCUCACUAAAAUUUUCAUUUUCACUGACAUUCAUUAAUAUUGAUAAUGUAGGGCGCAUAUACUCAUAUACUCAUAUAGCGUGAUAUAACUCAAGUGUCUUGCAAACAAUACCUUGGCCUUGAGUAGUGGUAAAGGCAAUACUUUGAGAAAAGUUACGACCACAUUUACUUUUGAGUGCAUACUUGAUAUGCGAAUGGUGUAUGUAAGUUAAGGAAAGUGACGUGGAAGUAAAUUAAUGAAGGUAUGUAACUUUAAAUGGUGGGGCACAUCACAGCAGGGCCACUUAGAGAAACCAAGUGCUCGUAAAUAACAUUUUUCUGGCCCCUUUCCUAUUAUCUAGUGUACAACUUCUCAAACUCCAAAAAUAAAUAUAAUCUAAAAGACUUUUAAAGUGACUGUGGCCAUAACUACAAAUGUGAUCUGUGCGUUUCACAUUACUUGUAAGGUUUCGUAUGAAUUAUCGAUUGACUUGUACUUUUCGUCCCAUUGAAGUAAGACCGAGCCUUAAAAAAAAUUAGAAACUUAUCCAGGCCCUCCCCCCACCCUACCGGGGAUUUUGGCCUCUCCCUCGCGAUGACCCUGUAUCAAAGAGACUGGUGGUUAAAGAAAGAGAGAAGUGUGUAAGAAAGUGGGUUUGUCUGGAACAGAGUAUAUAAUCAUAUCAAAGUAAGAAACCUGUGAUUGGGCAGUACUUCCAUUCAGAGUUGUUCAUGCCUAAUUGUUGACAAUUAAUGUGAAGGAUUUUUGUUUGUAUCUGUUUUUCUGUAUUCAAGUGAAAUAAAAUUUUAUUUUUAUUGACAA